AUGUUUCGCACCAGCGUCUUCAAGUCGCUGAAGCCCGUCAAAUCUGGUCUCCGACAGUCUGCCUACCUAAGUUCAUGUAAUGGACAGCGAAACGAAAUUUUACGGGAAAUAUACGCCCCAUUCUCAAAGUUGGUCAAAGAUUCGCCCGAAUAUAACGCUCUGGCAGAAUCGGGUAGGGUCUGGGAGGACUAUUUCCAGCCGGGAGAUAGCGAACGUUAUGGAUACCUACAAAGGUUGCACAUGCCUCUGCUAAAAGAGAUUGACAACCAAAGAGUCUCUCUGGGGACACCCAGAAGCAGAAUGUUUCACAGCCUCGUCCCAGAAUAUGCCCACCAGUCUGUUGUCAUCGAAAACAACAGGCUUCUACUCAAACACAGUUAUUUGAUGGAUGAACGCCUAAAAAACGCUGUGCCUGAUCUUGCUCUACCAGCUACCAGCCUCUCUCAAAUAGCACUCCCAGACGCUCACUCUCUGUUACCUAACGAGGAUGCUAGUCAGGCAGCAGAAUUACGCAACCAAAUUGUAGCUUCUCGCUGGGUUACAGACACCGCGUUACGCAGUACCAAGUCAGGGCUUUCCGAGGACGAAAUCCGGUGUCUUUCUGCUCUUCUCCUCAGAGACACCAAUGGUAAAGAGUAG